AUGGGAAAAGAGAAAACGCAUAUCAAUAUUGUUGUUAUUGGUCAUGUUGAUUCCGGAAAAUCAACUACAACCGGUCAUCUCAUCUACAAAUGUGGUGGAAUAGAUAAACGAACCAUUGAAAAAUUUGAAAAAGAAGCACAGGAAAUGGGAAAAGGAUCAUUCAAAUAUGCUUGGGUAUUGGAUAAAUUAAAAGCGGAACGUGAACGUGGUAUUACAAUUGAUAUUGCAUUAUGGAAAUUUGAAACACCAAAGUAUUACAUUACUAUUAUUGAUGCUCCAGGUCAUCGUGAUUUUAUCAAGAAUAUGAUUACAGGUACCUCUCAGGCUGAUUGUGCAGUAUUAGUGGUAGCAUGUGGUACUGGUGAAUUUGAAGCUGGUAUUUCAAAAAAUGGUCAAACACGUGAACAUGCUUUAUUAGCGCAAACAUUGGGUGUUAAACAAAUGAUUGUUGCAUGUAAUAAAAUGGAUUCCACUGAGCCACCAUUUUCUGAAGCACGAUUUGGUGAAGUUACUACGGAAGUUUCAAAUUACAUCAAAAAAAUUGGUUAUAAUCCUAAAUCAAUUGCAUUUGUACCAAUUUCAGGUUUCAAUGGUGAUAAUAUGCUUGAACCAUCCACAAACAUGCCAUGGUUUAAGGGAUGGUCUGUUGAGCGUAAAGAUGGUAUUGUAACUGGUAAAACACUUCUGGAAGCUCUUGAUUCGGUUGUUCCACCUCAGAGACCAACCGAUAAGCCACUUCGUUUACCUCUUCAGGAUGUUUAUAAAAUUGGAGGUAUUGGAACGGUACCAGUAGGACGUGUUGAAACGGGUAUUCUGAAACCAGGCAUGAUUGUAACAUUUGCACCACAAAAUUUAACUACUGAAGUAAAAUCAGUGGAAAUGCAUCAUGAAGCAUUGCAGGAAGCAUUACCUGGUGAUAAUGUAGGCUUCAAUGUUAAAAAUAUUUCAGUUAAGGAUAUUCGACGAGGAUCAGUAGCAUCUGAUUCUAAGAAUGAUCCAGCUAAAGAAACUAAAAUGUUUACUGCCCAGGUCAUUAUCAUGAAUCAUCCGGGUCAAAUUUCUGCUGGGUAUACUCCUGUGCUUGAUUGUCAUACCGCUCAUAUUGCUUGUAAAUUUGCGGAGCUUAAAGAGAAAGUUGACCGAAGAUCCGGUAAAAAAGUGGAAGAUAAUCCGAAGUCACUAAAAUCUGGUGAUGCGGGUAUUAUUGAUCUGAUACCAACCAAACCGUUAUGUGUUGAAACGUUCACGGAAUAUCCACCACUGGGACGAUUUGCUGUACGUGAUAUGAGACAAACGGUCGCUGUUGGCGUAAUCAAAAAUGUGGACAAGUCGGAAGGUGUUGGUAAAGUUACGAAAGCUGCACAAAAGGCAGGUGUUGGUGCCAAGAAAAAGUAA